CCAUAUACUCUAAAAAUCUGCUAUAUGAAUGACUAGUGACUAGUUCAAGACUUGUUCUAUCUCUCUCUCUCUUUCCAAUCAUAUAGUAUUCAAUUUCUUCAUAAUACAAUAAUUUAAGUCACCAAAACCGAUUGAUGGGCAUAUCUCAAUUCUUCUUGUUCAUUCAAUACCUUGAUAUUUUCCUACUAAAUUGAUUUGGCUCCAUAAUCUGCUUCUCAAAUAGCCUUCACUCUAAUCUGAAGUUAACAAUUGCAAGGGCAUAGUAUUAUAAGCUGAAAGUUGUUGCCACAUGGGAUUGGGGUUAAUAACCUUUGGUGAUAAAGUUACAGUCUUUGAGCCAAAACAAGUAGAAUCAGUAUGGAAUCACAACUGGGUUUAAUUGAACAAUCAUUUAAUGUUAGAUAUUCAGAUGGGGUUAAAGAAGCACUUGAUGAAUUGCCUGAUAGUUUUACAAUUACUGAUCCCUCUAUUUGUGGUCACCCUAUUGUUUAUGCUUCAAGGGGUUUCUUGAAAAUGUUUGGUUAUAACAAGAAUGAGGUGAUUGGGAGGAAUGGAAGGGUAUUUCAGGGUCCUAAGACUAAUCGAAGAGCGGUUAUGGAGAUUAGAGAGGCGAUUCGAGAGGAGAGGGCUAUAGAAAUCAGUUUGUUGAAUUAUAGGAAGGAUGGGACACCCUUUUGGAUGUUGUUUCAUAUGUGUCCUGUUUAUAGUGAAAAAGAUGGGAGGGUGGUUCAUUUCUUGGGAGUUCAAGUGCCUAUUUUGAGGAGGAGAAAGUCGUCGGGAGGUGGAAUUGGGAAGAAUGGAGUAUGCAAUGAUGGAGGUGGUAAUAAUUGCCGGGAGUCUGCCUUUAGAUGUUGUAGGAGGGAAGUUUGCUCGAAUUUGGUUAUGGAAAUGGAUAGAGCAUUAUCGCUUGAUUCGGUUUCAGGGUUGGAUUGUACAGAAGUAGAUGUUGAAGGGCCUUGUGAAGCAAGUGAUCAAGAGAAGAGAAAAGCCAGUUUUGCUGUUAACAACAUAAUUUCCGUGCUGGCAAACUACAGUGAGUUGACAAGCAGACUGGUCGGUGACAAGAGAUGCUGUCAAUCUGGAACGAGUCCGCUCAGUGCAUCCUUAAAUAUAUCUUUUGGUAGAAUAAAACAAAGCUUUGUAUUAACCGACGCGCACUUACCAGACAUGCCAAUUGUCUAUGCAAGUGAUGCCUUCCUAAGAUUAACAGGCUUCUCGAGACAUGAAGUAUUGGGCCGUAAUUGUAGGUUUUUAAGCGGGGAAGAUACAGACAGAAGCACACAAUUUCAGAUAAGACAUUGCAUCCAAAAUGAACAACCAUGUACUGUACAUAUCUUAAAUUACAGAAAAGACGGAACCUCGUUUUGGAAUUUUCUUCACAUUUCACCGGUCCGGAAUGCUUCAGGCAAGGUUGCAUACUUUGUUGGCAUUCAGAUAGAAGAUACAAGCGAGGCUCGGGGGAAACAAGGGCUAAAUCCGGAGAUGAGGCAGCGCAGUGUUGUAGCUGCUGUAAAGGUUGCUGUAAGAGGCUUGUCAAUGGGUGCAAGCACCUCCUAGUUCUUGAACAAAUUUGUUUUUCCUUUUUGUGCUAAUAAACACUGAAUUCUGCUAAAAAAUGUAUUGUUUCAUAGCACAUUAGCAUCAGCUAAAAAAAAGAAAACAUAUUUGAUCUUUUCUUUGUCAUAUAUCCAGAUGCCUGAAUGUUGAUUGAAUCCAAUUGUUUAUA